AAAAAAAAAAAAGCUUGACAACAUCUGAAUUCUCAUUUCCCAGGGGAGGUGAUUAACCCAGUUUAAAAAAUAGAAGCAAGCAAAUGAAGCUAUUCCCAAUCUGGGCUGUAUCGCUAUCGUUGCUCGCCAUAAGCCCAACCAUAUUAGCACGGAAGUUCCCAACAAGCGGACUAUAUAAUGUUGAUGCCAACGUUGGUUUAAAAGACGUUCAAGGUACAGUGGCUGCUUUUGGGGACUUUAACGGAGACAAAUUUACGGACAUUAUCACACUGAGCGACGAUCAGACUUCUAUUAGCAUAUAUCUUUGGGAUCAUGCCGCUUGGACAUUUACUUUACUUCCCUCAGCAAAUGUAACCAUAUCACAAACACCUCAGAGCUUCAUCAUUACCAACAUUGUACCUGGAGAUUUCAACCGUGAUGGCAAACUGGAUCUAUUAGUUAUGGGUCAACAAAAUCCAGAGCCUGACGUGGAUGGAGAAUUAAUGAUGCGUAUCUAUCUCGGAAAUAUUGACGAUGGAUUUGACCCAAACUUCAUCAUUAUUCCUUCCGCAACAACUCAACAGCCCAUGACAUUCGACUUGAACGGGGAUAUGUUGACAGAUCUCUUGGGAUAUGCUUUCGAGGGAUACCAGGCAGGUGUAAGCACGUUGUCUGUCUGGAAGAAUGUCUAUACGCCAGAGAUUCCAAACAAGAUUUUUGAAAUUAUGCCUAUGAACUUCACUGGCGAGUCAGGACCAUUGUGUACGCUUUCUAAACCUCAUUCAAGUGCAUUUGUUGAUCUCAACGGGGAUUGCUUGGCAGAUAUUUUCCUGACUUGUUUUGAUGGCCAUCAACGUAGUUAUGUCGUUUAUGUCAACAAUAAGGACCUAGGGUUCUCGUUUGCAGUCAGUGGAUUGCUUCCAGAAGGCGCUGGGCAGGUCACUUUUGCUGACAUUGAUGGCGAUGGUGCAGUAGAUUUUGUAGUGCCUGCUUGCGACACGCAUGGACAAUGUUCGAUCUAUGUCUACUAUAAUCAACAAAUGCCGUUAUGCACAUCAAAGGGCCAGAAUGACUGUCGUCAGGUCUCCAAUCUCUGUGUUGCAGAUCCGAACUUCUCGUUCAGCGUCGAUCCUGAUCAUAACACCAGUCCCGGGGCCUUGGUUCAAUUCCCUCUGAAUGGCGUAUUACCAGAUGGCCAGCAGCUUUUGCUUUCUGAUCCUGAUUUCAAGGGCAGGCUGCCGGUGGCAGUGCAUGUUGGGGACUACAACUUGGACGGAUAUCCGGAUUUGUUGGUGGUGAGUGGUACACCAGGAGAUAACCGUCGACCAUCCAGCGCAACACUGCUUCAAUCGGUUUUGUGUUCUACAGGCGAUGAUGUCUGUUUGCCUUCAGCUGUGGCAGCAAAGAGACGAAGCUUUGUUAAGGUGACAGAUGGUGCAGAUGCAUUGAACUUUGUCCAAGAUGUACGAGCCGCUGCCUUUAUGGAUCUAGAUGAGGAUGGCACCGUGGACAUUAUGCUACUCCGUAACUCACCACUACAACAAGGAGUUGCAGGGAGAGCUAUUACGAUGAUCCAUAACAAUUAUUUUAAUGAUGCAUUUUUCUUAAAGACAUUAGCUUCUAAUGGUGUGUCACCUACAUGGUCCGGGCCCAACGAUAAGCGUCCGACCAAAGAAGGAGCAAAGCCCUUUGGGGUCAAUUAUCCAGGUGCAACAUUCAAAUUUACAGUACUGGAUACAUCUGGAAUCAAGCGAGCGAAUCAAGUUGCACAGUAUCCAUCAUCAACUUAUAUGAAUCUGGCACUUCCAUUCUCGUUGUUUGGUUUGGGCAGGACCAACAAUUAUGUUGAAGAAUUGUUUGUUGGCGUGACUAGAAAUCAGGACGAGCAUUUUACGACAUAUGCGGGAGUAAUUCCAAAUUCACAGUUGAUCAUCAUUCCAUAUCAGGCAGAGGAUGCGUCCCGUCCAUCAACACCUUCAUCUGGAUAUGGAUUAGAAGGCGGCAACGGAAUGGGCGAAAAUGUUUCUAUGCAGGCCGAGAACAAAGGCGGACCGAGUGAAUGGACGUUAGAGCUCUAUAUCCGUCCAGGAGAUUAUGUUCCUUGGGUAUUUGUUGUCCUUGUUACUGCAAUUGCCAUCCUUGCCGGAGUCGUUGUGGGCCUUAACUGGAUGGAGAAGCGUGAGGAUGAAAGGGAGCGAAAGAAGGCACUUCAUAUCAUCAACUUUGAUGCCUUGUAAAUACAAUCAUUUUGCAGAGAGUCAGUAUAGGAAAGAGGAAAGAAGGGAGAGAAGAAUCAAACAUAGUUAAUCAAAUAAAAUAAGUAUAACGUAUAAAGC